CGCAAGGCCCGAAGCUAUGCUGGUAAGCAACACUCGAAAAAUAAUAACGGAAAUUGGCAAAAGCUCUCUUCCCUAUCUGAGGCGACACAGUCAGCCUUUGUAACCCUCGAAAGUCCACCACUACUUAAAUCACUGGUUACUUCAGUGCGACGUAGCUGUCUCACAAGCUGGCUUCGCGAUAACAGAAAUUUCAAGGCCCUCUUAAGAGGGCUGAGGGGACUACAGCUUGGGCUGAGCAAAGAUGUCUACGACUUUGGGGUCUUUCAUAGCUGGUGGAAUUGCUGCUUGCGGAGCUGUAAGUGUAACCCAUCCAGCAGAGACUGUAAAGAUCCGCAUGCAACUGCAAGGUGAACUCCAAGAAAAAGGACUACAACCACGACUGUACAGAGGAACAUUACACGGUCUCACAACCAUUGUCAAAAAUGAGGGAAUCGGAGGACUCUAUCGAGGAAUCGGAGCUGCGUAUAUAUACCAGAUGAUCCUCAACGGCUGCAGAUUAGGAUUCUACGAACCGAUACGGCAGACGCUCACAGGCGCCAUAUACACAGAUGCAAAGACACAGAGCUUGGGCAUAAAUGUCUUUGCGGGAGCUACGUCGGGAAUACUGGGAGCUGCUGCUGGAAGUCCUUUCUUCUUAGUGAAGACGAGGCUACAGAGUUUCUCUCCGUUCGCCCCAGUAGGGACACAGCAUCAGUAUAAGAAUGCUGUGGAUGGGAUGCGACAAAUCUACAAGGCUGAGGGAACGACUGGAUUGUACAGAGGAGUGGGCGCUGCUAUGGUGCGGACGGGAUUUGGUAGCUCGGUUCAACUGCCAACAUAUUUCUUUGCGAAGCGGCGACUGGUGAGGCAUCUUGGAAUGGAGGAAGGACCCGCGCUACACUUGGCAAGCAGUACUGCCAGUGGUUUCGUGGUAUGCUGUGUGAUGCAUCCUCCAGAUACCAUUAUGUCUCGCAUGUAUAACCAAGAUGGGAACCUUUACAAAGGUAUAUUUGACUGUCUGGCAAAGACAGUGAAGACCGAGGGUAUCCUGGCUAUUUACAAAGGAUUCUUGCCUCAUCUGGCAAGAAUCUUGCCCCAUACCAUUCUGACUCUCAGCUUGGCGGAACAAACCAACAAGCUGAUGCGAAAAUUCGAGGACAAAGUCCUCCCAGCCUCGGUCAAGGACAAUAUCUGAUCUAAAGCUAGAUAAUCCUGACUUAUGAGCCGCUGAUCUAACAUCACCUGUAUAUAUGCCAUAUUGCAUGAUGAGAGGAGUCCUGGAAGGCCGUGCAGAGCCUGGUAUGCCGAUUUGUGGCUGGUAAAAGUUACCCUUCAGCCGUUGAUAGAUCUGGAGCAUCCAUAACAUAGAACACUAUCUUGG